AUGACUCCUCCCACUUCUCUCAUGACUCCUCCCACUCCUCUCAUGACUCCUCCCAAUCCUCUCAUGACUCCUCUCAUGACUCCUCCCACUUCUCUCAUGACUCCUCCCACUCCUCUCAUGACUCCUCCCAAUCCUCUCAUGACUCCUCUCAUGACUCCUCCCACUCCUCUCAUGACUCCUCCCAAUCCUCUCAUGACUCCUCCCAAUCCUCUCAUGACUCCUCCCUCUCCUAUUAUGACUCCUCCCACUCCUCUCAUGACUCCUCCCAAUCCUCUCAUGACUCCUCCCACUCCUUUCAUGACCCCUCCCUCGGCUUUCAUGACUCCUACCUCUCCUUUCAUGACCACUCCCACUCCUCUCAUAGCUCCUCCCAAUCCUCUUAUGACUCCUCCCCUCAUUUCAUGA